AAGAAUUCCCCACCAUCAUCGUCCUGAACUCCCCUCCGUGCCUGUGAAAGUGUAUAGUUCGGAUCUUUACCUGUAUAGCUGCCGAAAGGUUGGAGUUCUUCGGAUUGAAGGUGUCUCUGCACGACGUUGAUCAUGGCCGUGGAGAUGUUUCAAGAACCGGAUCCGGCGUUUCUCGAGUCCAUCCGGAGGUACCUGUCGGAGGAUCCCGUGUGCCGGCCGUGCGAGCCGGUCCGGAAAUCCUGCGGCGGCGCUGCUGUGGCCUCGGUGUUCGGCGGGAGCUCCCGCUUCAGCAGCCUGUACCCGUGCCUGACUGAGAACUGGGGUGAGUUGCCAUUCAAAGAAGAUGACCCGGAAGACAUGGUCCUCUACAGCGUCCUCCACGACGCGGUCACGGUCGGCUGGGCGCCGUUUCAGCCGAGCGGGCCGCCUGAUGCCGGCUACGCCGGGUUCGGGGCGACCCAGGUGAUUAAGCGGGAGCUGGAUUGCUUGCCGGCGGCGCUGGCUUCUUCGCCGGAUGGCGCCGGGGCGGCCCUUCCGAUGGAGAAGGCGGCCGAGGCGGCGGUCCCCGUGAAGGGGAAGCACUACAGGGGAGUGAGGCAGCGGCCGUGGGGGAAGUUCGCGGCGGAGAUUCGCGACCCCGCAAAAAACGGACAUCGGGUUUGGCUCGGGACCUACGAGACCGCGGAGGACGCCGCGCUGGCUUACGACCGGGCCGCUUACCGGAUGCGCGGCUCGCGGGCGCUGCUGAAUUUCCCUCUCCGGGUCAAUUCGGGCGAGCCCGACCCAGUUAGAGUGACGUCGAAGCGGUCAUCGCCAGAGCCGUCACCAUCCUCCUCCUCCUCCUCCUCCUCCUCGGAGAGCGAGGCCUCGAAGAGGAGGAAGAAGGCGGCCGGGACGGCGAGACCGGCGGCGGCUCAAGCCGGGUCGGAGCAAGUGGGGACUGCUGCUGCUGCUGAUGCUGUGAAUGGAUCUUUGCAAGUUGGACACCAAGUGGCAAUGUGGACAAGUGGCCAGCAGCAACUGGUCAGUGGAUGUAGACCGACGGUGAAGUGUGAAAGCACUUGGGGGACGGGACGAGGACAAUGUGAUAAAGGCGCCAAGGACGGUUGCGUAGGAGUAUAGAUUUUUUGGAAUUUGUUGGGAGUGAAAUUGGGGGAAGAAAUGAUAUAUCUACAGAGUGAAUAAAAGGGAAGAUUUCCCCUGCUUUUUUUCCUUGAAUUUGUGAAUACGACAAGAUCUGUCAAUGCAUGAUUGAGAAGUUUUGUGGAAGCCCACGGUUAAGCGUUUGAAGUGCUGAAAUCUUUUCCAUUUUCACAUUACCAAUUCAUACAUAGCAGCAUUGAGAAAGAAGUGGGAACUGGAUCUUAGCGCUCGUGAUGCGAUUUCCCUUUUACAAGGAAAACAUGGGUCUUGUAAAGCAUAAGGAAUAGGAUGAGCAAAGAAUAAGUAUAUUGAUUAUCGCAAGCUUUCCUUAAUUGGGUACCUCCCAAAUAUUCAUUUUUUUUAAUGGGUUAUUAUCCAAAUAUUCAAACAUCUUUGAAC